CCUUGUUCUCUGCUGUCCUGCUCCCCCUGCAGAUCUUGGGAAAUGUUUCCGAGUUCCAGAGAGUGGUCAAUGUGCUGCAGGAAGGGGUGGAUUUUGAUAUUGAUGUCAAUGCAUCUGUCUUUGAAACGAACAUUCGAGUGGUGGGUGGUCUCCUCUCUGCUCACUUGCUGUCGAAGAAGGCUGGUGUUGAAGUAGAAGUGGGAUGGCCAUGCUCUGGACCUCUCCUGAGGAUGGCGGAGGAAGCAGCUCGCAAACUCCUGCCGGCUUUUCAGACCCCAACUGGGAUGCCAUAUGGAACAGUGAACUUGCUGCAUGGAGUAAACCCUGGGGAGACGCCAGUCACCUGUACUGCUGGAAUUGGUACAUUUAUAGUGGAAUUUGCCACUUUAAGCCACCUAACUGGUGACCCAGUGUUCGAGGAUGUUGCCAGGAAGGCUUUGAAGGCACUGUGGAAAAAUCGCUCAGAUAUUGGGCUGGUUGGUAACCACAUUGAUGUGAUAACUGCCAAGUGGGUGGCCCAAGAUGCUGGGAUUGGGGCAGGAGUGGACUCCUACUUUGAGUACCUUGUUAAAGGAGCCAUCCUCCUGCAGGACAAGGAGCUGAUGUCCAUGUUUCUAGACUAUAACAAAGCUAUCAAAAAUUACACAAAGUUUGAUGACUGGUACCUCUGGGUUCAGAUGUACAAAGGAACAGUGUCCAUGCCUGUUUUUCAGUCCCUGGAGGCCUACUGGCCAGGCCUACAGAGCCUAAUUGGGGAUGUAGAUAAUGCCAUGCGCACCUUCCUCAACUAUUACACUGUCUGGAAGCAGUUUGGUGGGCUGCCGGAGUUCUACAACAUUCCCCAGGGCUAUACAGUGGACAAGAGAGAAGGAUAUCCGCUCAGGCCUGAGCUGAUUGAGAGUGCAAUGUAUCUGUACCGUGCCACAAGAGAUCCCACGCUCUUAGAACUAGGAAGAGACGCAGUGGAGUCAAUAGAGAAGAUCAGCAAGGUGGACUGUGGAUUUGCAACUAUCAAAGACUUGAGAGAUCACAGACUGGAUAAUCGCAUGGAAUCCUUCUUUUUGGCUGAAACAGUAAAAUAUUUGUACCUGCUGUUUGACCCAGACAACUUCAUUCACAAUGAUGGAUCUGUCUUUGAUGUGGUGAUUACACCAUAUGGGGAAUGUGUCCUGAAUGCUGGAGGAUACGUCUUCAACACUGAAGCUCAUCCUAUAGACCCUGCUGCGCUGCAUUGCUGUAGAAAGCGUAAGGAAGAACAGUGGGAGGUGGAAGACUUGAUGCGGGAAUUUUACUCACUGAAGAAAAACAAGAAAUUCCUUUUAAAAAGAGCUUCCAACCAUGGUGAAGGGGAAAGUGCAAAAGACCUUGAAGAUGCCUCUUCAGAAAAAGACAGAGAGAAGAGAAACUCUAAGAAGAGCUCACACUCCCUCCUGAGUUGCCCCAGUCAGUCUUUUAACUCUAAACUUGCAGUACUGGGACAGGUCUUCCUAGAUAACACCUGAUUCUAUUUUCAUCAUCAGUUUAAAUUAUUGAAC